GUUGUAGGGCUCAGGCGGAAGAGGGUCCGUUACCUAGGAGAUCUCAAAAGGCCUUCAGUUUCGCUGUGUGGCGCCCUCAGCUCGCUACACUUGCGAGUGUCUCAAAGAGGUUUGGGUCAGAACUGGACGGACGCAGACACCGGCGGUGAGUCGCCCUUAAGGGGCGACGGGGAGGAGGACGAGGAAGGACAAGGCGUGUGGCCCGCGGGGCGUCCGCGGUCCUUGCGGUGAUCUGGAGUCCGGUGGGACCGGAAGCCACUCCUGCGGAGCUCGAGAGUCCCGGCGUCUGGGCAGCAACGUCUGGACAGCACGGCAGAUCUGUCAACGCCUUGGCGAACAACCUGUGUCGUGGUUUGAGGUCGGACUGCAUAGCGCAGUUGUCUUCAGAAUUUCAGGAUGACUGAUAUUUCUGAAGCUGUUCCAGAUUUUGAAGAGAUGUUUGCAAACAGAUUCACAAAAGAUGAUGAAGAAUACCAGGAAUAUCUGAAACGCCCCCCUGAAUCUCCUCCAGUUAUUGAGGAAUGGAACAGCAGAGCUGGUGGGAAUCAGAGAAACAGAGGCAAUCGGUUGCAAGAUAACAGACAGUUUAGAGGUAGGGAUGGCAGACGGGGGUGGCCAAGUGACAAUCGAUCAAACCAGUGGCAUGGACGAUCCUGGGGUAAUAAUUACCCACAACACAGACAAGAGCCUUACUAUCCACAGCAGUAUGGACAAUAUGGUUAUAACCAGCGGCCUCCCUAUGGUUACUACUGAUAGAACUGGUGGUGACAUCUUUUAGUAAAAUCAAUUACUUUGUUAACAUGGCAAAAAAUUCAUGUGUGUUCUGCUGAUCACUGUUUUCCAUCCCAUUUUAGAGAAUGGAUUAUUAAUGUUUUGGAACUUAAGACCUUAAAAAAUAGAUCUUGAAAGAUGUAAUGGUUGCUGAGAAUAAAUAUUCCUUUAAAAACA